GUCUAAAACCCUGUGUGCUACCUGCUCUAUAUGUCUGCUCCUGAGUUUCCCACAUAGACCUUUACAAAACAUGUUGUCACGAAAUAUUUUAAUUGCUUCUGUAGUUGUCUUUUUGGCAACAACAAUUUCAACUGCUCCUGUGGAAGAGAAAGAGCCGGAGGAGAUAGAGGUAGAGGAUGGUGAAGAGGAACUCUCAGAAGAGGAGGAGGAUGAUGAUGACUCCAAGAGUCAGGAAAAGAAUAUGGGAAUUGGAGCACAGCAAGCUACCACAAUAUCUAAAGGCCUGGGUAUAAGCGCUCAGCCUGGCACCUCGUUCCAGGGCGAAGCUCCAAAUGGACAUAAACUCAAUGGGGAUAGUGCCAUGCAAGCUGGCCCUGACCGUAAUGGUGGUGGUGGAGGAGGAGGUGGUGGUGGUGGAGGAGGAGGUGAUGGUGGUGGAGGAGGAGGUGGAGGAGAUGCACAUACUUCACCCUUUGACCCCAGCUCCCAUGAUGCUUCUUUGCCAGGACAUACAGGUUCCUCUUCCAGUCCAAGUUUGGAUCCGAGUCAAACAGGUGCAGGGGUUCAGGGAAGUUCAGUGUCACACGUGCAAGCCCCAGGAAAAGUGGUUGUCCACCCAGGAACAGGGGUUGUCCACUCAGAUACAAUCUCUCAUGGCUCAAUGGGACAAGCAGGAGGGAGCUCCACUCUCAUCAUUAUCCAUGAGACUCAUCCACAGCCUGCAGGUGGCAGCAUUCAUACAUUUGAUGCUGCUGGCCUUCAGACUGAGGCUCCAACAAGUGAGACUGAAAUAGAGUCUCCUGAGUAUGACACACCUGAGUCACCUGAGUUUAAUGGUAAUGGUCACAAGCUGCUGAUUGGAGGAGCAGUAGAAAAUGGACAUGCAGUUAUACCUGUAGUCACUGACCUCUUCAUCGAGGACACAACUCACAUGGAUCCCACAGGUGCUAUGGAUCCACUUGGUGCAAGUUCUCACCUGGACAAUACAGGUAUUAUCGACCAAUCCAGCCAUGACUUCCUCAUUGGUUUAAUGGGUGGUGUGGGGGAUCCGUAUGGUCCUGACAUCCAUAUCGACAUCUCAGAUCACACUGGAAUUACUUCUCCAUUAGACUCAAUAGCUGUGGGUUCAGAUCCAGGACCGGCGUUGUCGUCCAGUAGCAGCCCGGAUCCAGACGUUCCACCAGGUCUUGUAGAUCACAUAGGUCUAAUAAGUGAUUUUACAGGCACCACUGACUACUCAGGGCUCGACCAUCCUUAUCUGAGCUCAGGUUUCGAUGGAUCAUACCACUCAGUAGGUGAUCAUGCUGGUCUAUCCGAUACUACAGACCACCCAGUAGCAGUGAUGUCACAUACUGAUUAUUCAUCAUCACAGAUUGACCACCCAGGGAAUGGUCGUCAAAGCCAGGUUACAGACACACAUGGAGGUGACCAUCCGGUCAAUGACAUGCAUCAUGAUGUAACAGAUCCAUCUGGGCAGCAGAUUGUGGCUACAGACGUAGGCCUACUAGAUGCUGGUGAGCACGGCGUCGUCUCUCAUCACAACGACAUGGGAGCUGUUACAGACGGGGUCGCUGUUCAGCAUCAUGAUGACGUUCACACCGUCGGCCCUCAAACAGAUACCACAGGGCUGUCUAACUUGGCUACACAACUUCCCUCUACAGGUGCGGCAGAAGAACUUGUAACCAGCUCACAUACACAUAUAGAUAUCACUGCCCUUGGGGCGAAUGUGUACAGCUCCAGCGCACCAGGCACGGCUGGGUUAGAUGAGGUGGCUGUGACCAGUGGACUCUUUAACUCUACAGAUUCUGUGCUUGGAUUCGGACAUGACACUACAGUUGUCGCAGAAGCACACAGUGUCUUCAUUCAGACCGAUUCCCCAGUCACAGCUGAUCCACAAGGAUCCACUCUACAGGCUUCCAGUCAUCCUGGUGUAACAGAACAGACACAACCUGCAGUUUCCGCAGCUGAACAGUACAACCCAUCUGGUCAGGGUCCUGAAGGUGCAGAAAAUGUGGAACUGGAGGAUACCUGCUGACUUCCAUAUGAAGCCUCGUGUCAAGUUUCUACGCUACAGAUUUCAGUGUACGGACCAGUCUGCAUGGCAGAGAAACAGUGAUCCAGCCCACUAGCAAAUCUAGUUGUUGUUUGUGUCUAUGUCUAUUUAAACUUAAAGAUGACACUGUAAGUAAACUUUUUGCGCACUUGUUAAUAAAUUACCCUGUACGUUUAGUUUUAUUAGUUGCAUAUAUGACAAAAACUACUAACGAAAGCCCUCUGAUUCAGAUGAAGACGGCUGUAUGUCGUCCCUAUGGAAAGCUCAGACAAUAUACUGAAUCUUUAUGAAGCUUUGUUAUUUUGUAAUUUCCGCAAGUACUGUAUUUCCGAGUUUUGAAAAUGUGAGAAAAAUUCAUCUCGUGUCAGUAAUUGUACAUUGCGAAAUGUAUGUCAAAGUAAUCUCUACAUUAAAAGUAACGUCUAUUUUGAA